CCGGGUACUGGAGCAGCUUCAUGGCGUGCUGACGGGGGAACAGGCGGCGCAUGAGAAGGAGGACACCUCCACCGACCACAGCGGCGACGAGCACGGCGGUGGCCAUGAAAGUGUUACAUGAAAGUCUUAUGACCUAUGGAGUUCCUCUCUUUGGUGUCUUAAACCAGCGACAGGACUCCUUGGGGAAGAUGGCUGACGCUGUGGUGCUCAAGCAAAAGGACUAAACCACAAGUCAAAAGGAGAUUUUAGGAUUUGUUAGAGAUAUGUUUUGUUUGCCGCUCCUACUGAUCGUCAUCUCCUCGACUUCCGAAGUACAAAGUAAGAACACGUGUGAUGUCGUCCCCAAAGAUCUGUACAUCCAAGUAGGAUCUGAUAUUCAGAUAUUGUGCGACAGUUCAUGUGUCCACGGAAAAGUGUUUUGGACACUGGAUAACAAAGCGUUACCCCAAAACUACUCGACCCCCAUCAACUCGUCUCGCACAAUCGUGUCUUUGAGGAACUUCGUGCGGCACAAAGCUGCACUGCAGUGCCACAGUGUUGAUACUAAGGAGCUUCUCGGAGGAACCACUAUCAAAACAUACGCAAAACCCACCAAUGUUGGCUGCAUUUUGCACUAUAAACAGGACUCAUGGGGAGGUGUACCGCAGCUUUUCACCUGCAGUUGGAAGCAUCAGGCGCAUGUCUCAGAGCACAUAAACUACACUGUACUAGUUUCCUCUCAGCUGCACAGGUCACAGUUUGAAAUCUGCAGCUCACGAAAUAAGACGUGCACAACCAAAGAUGUGCAUUUGUCAGGGAAUAUAACUCUGGUGGGCAACUACACUGUGACAGUGAGAGCUAAGACCAACAACUGGGAGGUUUACUCCCAUCCUUAUGAAUUUCAGCCCUAUCGCAUAUUGCAAAUUUCCCCGCCAAAGUUGAACCUAACUGCCUUAUAUGGCCACAUAUUAGCAGAGUGGACCACCUCAGCCACAUCCAAAAAACACCACUGUCAAAUUAAAUAUAACAAGGUUGGCGAUAAAGAAGCAUCAGAGAAGGUGCUCAAUAAAACUUUAGCAGCUAGAGCGAAAGGGAGGAUAAGCUUUGACAAAGUAGAGUCGUGCACUCACUACAACGUUUCAGUCCGCUGUGCUUUGGACAAAGCUCCCUGGAGCGAAUGGGGCCGGGAAGAAACGCUUUUGACACAACUCCAUCGGAGUGAUGUCAAGUUGCACCUAUGGAGGAAGGUAACAGAACCAGACCAAAGCGGAGCAAGAAAAGUUUACGCCAUGUGGACGGAGAUUCCGUCAACAUGCCAAGGCACAUUUAUCUAUUCUCUCCAUCUAAAUUCCAUCAAGGAUCCUGGGAAUUAUAUCAGUCAUGGCCGUACUUUGUGUGGCGAUUCGACAUGUAAGAUCGAGGUCAAUAAAGACGCUCACAAGUUAAAGCUCAAGGUCCACCACAAUGAGACCCUGCUGGCAGAGGACAGUGUUUAUGUUCCAGCUGUUGGAGAAAGCCUCCCACAAGUUGCAAACGUGCAAACAUGGAGCCUGCGAGGUGUAAUCCACAUCAGAUGGGACGCUCCCAUUCAGGCUGUUAGUGGUUAUCUGAUCGAUUGGACCCACGAUGGGCAUCAGUACUACUGGAAGGAAAGUAGCUCUACCAACACAUCAUUGUUUGGACUUCUGAAUAAAGAGCCGUACAACAUCACGGUUACGCCGCUGUUUGGUGACAAGACGGGCCUCAGCACUCAGGCCUUGCAGAUCUGCUCCACUGUAGCAGGUCCAGGAAAUGUCUCCAAUAUCAAUGUUGAGGCGCGUCAAAAAAGCGCCCAGGUGAGUUGGACAAUGAAGCCGCAGGAAGUGUGCAGCGGUGUUGUAAGCCAUUAUGUCAUUUUCUAUGGAACAGAACAAGGACCCCAGCUUAAUGUCACAGUCGAUGGUACCAAACAGUCAAUCCAUCUGAAAGAGCUUACCCCGGAUACUCAAUACAGCACCUAUGUAAGGGCUGUAGCUCCUACUGGGUCUAGCCAGAGCAAUGAGAGGCACUUCAAUACCAAAAAAUUUGAUCUGAUGAUUGCCAUACCGCUUAUGGUCUCCGCAGGUGUCGUCAUAGUCCUUUUGUUAUUUGUGGGGCCAUGUGCUGCACUUAGGUGCAAGAAAAUCCUAAAGAAGCAGGUGCCAAACCCUGGCCUCAGUUCUGUGGCGCUGUGGCCCUCGCAAAGUCAUCAAAAGGGGAUGCUGCUUUUCCGGCCAUUCAGCUAUCCAUCAGAAAGCCUCUGUGAACCCGUCUACAUGGAGGAAUCGCAGCCAUUUACCACCCUCGAUACCCAACUUGACCUGACCGCCGUCCCCAAGGAGCAAUACAUCGACCCCGCUGUUAUUACACAGUCCAAUAAGAGACCGCACGACCCAGAAGACACUUCCAAUCAGUCUCCUUCCACGGAAUCUGCAGUGUUGCUCUCUGAGGGCGGCAGUCCAUUAAGCCCAUACCGAAGCCAAAGUUCUGUAGAAAGCCCGAGCCAAAGCGGUGAUAAAGAAUGUAAGUGUCUGCUUCCAAUAUCGCAUCAGGAAUCAUCAACACCAUUGUCUGUUUAUGUUACUGUGGAACUAUUUGAGCAAUAUCAGAGCAUGCUAGAGAAGUAAAAGUGCACCACAUAAUAUACUGUAUUUAAUCUACAAUAAGGUAAUGUCAGUCAUGGUCAAAAGUUUACAUACACUUGUGAAGAACAUAAUAUCAUGGCUGUCUUGAGUUUCCAAUCAUU